AACCUGCGCCGGGAGAUCCAGGUGCACCGGCCCCGCGUGGACGAGGUGCUGGAACGCGCCGCCGCUGUUGCCACCAUCAAGAGCCCCGAGGCCGAGGGUGUGCGGUGCCUCCUGGAGCGCUUGGGGACGAUGUGGGCCGAGCUGCAGGAGCAGACGGAGCGCCGGCAGCAGACCCUGGAUGCCACCUACCAGCUGGAGCAGUACUACUUCGACGUGGCCGAGGUGGAGUCGUGGCUGGGAGAACAAGAGCUGCUCCUGAUGAACGAGGAGAAGGGGAAGGACGAACAGAGCACCCUCCAACUCCUCAAGAAACACCUCCUCACCGAACAAACUAUCGAGAACUACGAGGAGACCAUCGCCCAACUCUCCCGCCAGUGCCGCGCCCUCCUUGAGCUCGGCCACCCCCAGAGCGAACAGGUCAGCAGGCGGCAGUCGCAGGUUGACCGGCUGUACGUGUCUCUGAAGGACCUGGUGGAGGAGCGCAAGGUCAAGCUGGAGCAGCAGUACUGGCUCUACCAGCUCAACCGCGAGGUGGACGAGCUGGAGCACUGGAUCGCCGAGAAGGAGGUGGUGGCCGGCUCGCCCGAGCUGGGGCAGGACUUUGAGCAUGUCACGCUGCUGCAGGAGAAGUUCCUGGAGUUCGCCAGCGAGACGGGCAGCGUGGGCCAGGAGCGCAUCGCCGCCGUCAACCAGAUGGUGGACGAGCUCAUCGACUACGGCCACACCGACGCUGCCACCAUCGCCGAGUGGAAGGACGGCGUCAACGAGGCCUGGGCCGACCUCCUGGAGCUGAUGGAGACGCGCGCCCAGAUGCUGGCGGCGUCCCACGAGCUGCACAAGUUCUUCAACGACUGCAAGGAGGUGCUGGGGCAGAUCGAGGAGAAGCGGCAGCGCCUGCCCGAGCUGGCGGCGCGGGAGGGCAGGACCUCGGCCGGCGCUCUGCAGAGAGCCCUGGGCGCCUUCGAGCACGACGUGGAGGUGCUGGUGACGCAGGUGCGGCAGCUGCAGGAGGGCGCGGCGCAGCUGCGGACGCUCUACGCCGGUGACAAUGCCGAGGCCAUCGCCGGACGGGAGCAGGAGGUGCUGCGGGCGUGGAAGGAGCUGCUGGCGGCGUGUGAGGAGUGCCGGCUGCACGUGGCCAGCGUGGCCGACAAGAUCCGCUUCGUGGGCACCGUCAGGGAUCUGCUGGCGUGGAUGGAUGGGGUGCUGCACCAGAUGGGCGCCGGGGAGAAGCCCAGGGACGUGUCCUCAGUGGAGCUGCUGAUGAACGACCACCAGAGCCUCAAGACUGAGAUGGAGGCCCGGGCCAAGAACGUGGCCACCUGCCUGGAGCUGGGCAAGACCCUGAUCCUCAGCAAGAGCCCGGCAGCUGACGAGAUCAAAUCCCACAUGGAGAAGCUCCUGGCCAAGAAGAAGGAGAUGACGGAGAAGUGGGACAAGCACUGGGAGUGGCUGCAGCAGAUGCGCGAGGUGCACCAGUUCGCGCAGGAGGCCGUGGUGGCCGACGCGUGGCUGACGGCCCAGGAGCCGCUGCUCAAGAGCCAGGAGCUGGGCAGCAGCGUGGACGAGGUGGAGCAGCUGAUCCGGCGGCACGAGGCGUUCCGGAAGGCGGCGGCAGCUUGGGAGGAGAGGUUCAGCUCCCUGCGGCGCCUCACCACGAUCGAGAAGCUCAAGGCCGAACAGAACAAGCAGCCGCCGACGCCGCUCCUGACCCGCAAAUUUUUGGGGGAACCCCCGGGAGGUGCCGACCCUCGCCGGCCGGAGCCGCGCGUCGCCUACAUCCGGCACGAGCUGCGGCCGGAGCGCCUCCAGCCCAAGCUUGACCGCGUCCAGACUCCGACCACUGAGGGAGGACCCUCUGAGCCACCCCCGGCCACCACCGCUGUCACCGCGGCCAUCCCCACUGAGUCCCCAGUGGCCCCCAAGGCCGAGGAGCCCGGUGAGGUCCGGUCGGUGCUGCCGGAGCGGUGCCGGAAGCGCCAGGAGCACUGGGAGCGCUGGUUGGAGCGCCAGGAGUCCAGUGAGCCGGAGCUGCCGCGGCACGACGGGAAGGGCGGCGGCAGCAAAGCCACCCUGGCCGACAUCGUGGAGCAGCUGCAGGAGAAGGAGGCGUGCCGGCUUCGCCACUCCUCCAUGUCCCCCUGGAUGUCCCCUCCGUACCCCCUCAUUGUCCCCUCAGUGUCCCACCAGCCACCCCUCACUGUCCCCUCCCUUCCCCAGCCCCGUGACCGCGACUCCCCCGCCCGUCUCUGCCCUGGCCCCGAGGCUCUGCCGGAGAGGACUCCAAGGCCGGACCGUCCGCGGGCGCGGGACCGGCCAAAGCCACGGCGCCGACCACGCCCCAAGGACUCAGGGCAGGGUCUGGGGGAGCCGCGGCGCUCGCGGUCGGCCCCGGCACAGGGCAGUGCGCAGCCGCCGCCGCCCCCCGCGCACACGGUGACACACGAGGGGUACCUGCUGCGCAAGCACGAGCUCGACGGCGCUGGCAAGAAGGCGUCCAACAGGUCCUGGGUGAACCUCUACUGCGUGCUGGCCAAGGGCGACCUGGGCUUCUACAAGGACGCCAAGGGCCCGGCGGCCGGCGCCACGCACGCUGGCGAGCCGCUGCUCAGCCUGCACCGCGCCACCAGCGACGUGGCCAGCGACUACAAGGAGAAGAAAAACGUCUUCAAGCUCAAGACUGGCGACGGGAGCGAGUUCCUGCUGCAGGCCAAGGACGAGGAGGACAUGCAGGGCUGGCUGCGGGCUCUGGCCGCCAGCGCCCAGGAACACGCCGAGCUGGCCCGGUGGCAGCAGGGCCUCCUCACCACCUCCUCCACCGACGAGGGGCUCCCGCGGCGCGACCCCGACCGGCCCCGACGGAAGUGACCCCCCCAAAACCCCAAAUUUGGGGUCCCAAGCCCCCCCUCAAAACCCCAAUUGUGGGGUGCCGGUCCUUCCCAAACCCCUGAUUUGGGGUCCCAGCCUCCCAGUUUUGGGGUCCUGAGUUCUGGGUUUGGGGUCCUGAACCCUGGGGUGGGCUCGGGGUCCUUUCCAAAACCCAAUUUUGGGGUCCCAAACCCUAAAUCUGGGGUCCUGCACCCUCCCAAAAUCCCACCUGUGGGGUCUCAGUCCUUACUAAAUCCCGAUUUUGAGGUCCUGAGUUCUGGGUUUGGGGUCCUGAUUCUCGGAUUUGGGGUCCCAAUCCUUCCCAAACCCCAAUUUUGGGGUCCUGAACUCUAAAUUUGGGGUCCUGGUCCUUCCCAAAUCCCCACUUGUGGGGUCCUGGCCCCCUCUGAGCUCCUGUUUUGGGGUCCCAGCCCUUCCCAAACACCGGAUUUGGGCUCCCAAGCCCUGGUUUUGGGGUCCAGCGCCCCCUCCAAAACCUCAAUUUUGGAGUUCAGCCACCUUCCCCCAAACCCCAAAUUUGGGGUUCUGGCCCCCCUGAGCCCAAAUUUUGGGGUCCCAGUUCCCCCUUUCCCCCAGCACAAGCCAUAGAGAUCCGGGGGGGCCCCAGCGCCGCCAUUGUAUAAAUGUAAUAAAGCACCUGCUGCACCCCAAAACGAGCCUGGGGCAUUUGGGGGUGUCCUGGGGGAAAUCUGGGGAGUCCUGGGAG